GUAUACAACGUGCGCAAUGUUAUUAUUACGACGGCUCUUUGGAGCAAGGCGUAAGUCUAAUCUCCGCCUUACGACAUAGAACGUCCAGCCGUGCUAAUUGGGGACAGGAACAGCUUCGACAAGGUGCCCCAAACCGCAACUCCUUUCGUCGUGGAUGGCAAGCCCAACCCCGAGUUUCAGGUGGAUUCUUCAUCAUGGACUGUCAAUACCUCGACGGUUUAUGGCACCAUGUUCCCAAGCAACCUGACGGAGCUCUACGCCCCACCAGGGGAGACGAGAGCCAAUGUGACGAUCCAAAUACCACCCGCGACCGCUUUCAUUCUCAUCAGAGGAACAGUCGGCCCCGGUCGAUCCUUCCCGACUUAUCAGUGGACUCCUGCACCUCCAAAUGGGAGCUUGAGCUCGGUGAAAGGCGGGAGCGCGGACAGCCCUUGGGUAUCUGAACAGAUUCUUUACGCGCAACGAUUAGAUCCCGACCUCGACUACAUGCUCGAUAUCGCCCAGUCGAGGCUCGGCGCUGUGGCUUUAAGCUCAGUGACGUUCUACAGCGCCAACAUAACAGAACCGACACAACCGCCUGUCUCAGACCCAGGCCGUAGCAAGACCCCUGUUGGAGUCAUUGUUGGCGCUAUUCUGGCUGUCGCCGGCCUGACUAUCCUCGUUUCGGUCGGCUUCCACUUCCUCGUCCGUCGCCCCCGCAAGCGUCGCGAAAGGGAGGAAGCCGCGGCUCUCGCCGGGCUUAACGCUGGCUUCGUUCCGUUCGGCACUUCAGACUACAACACGCAGCCGCCGCCCAUGCAGGAAACUGAUGCCGGUGCACUCGACCCUCCGCCCCAAUAUCAGCCGGAAUGGAGUACCGACGGAAGGUCUGCGACGACGGGGUCGACCAGCGCCCUAACACCGCUCGCGCCGUGGAAAGAGCCGUACAUCAAUGGGACGUACACUCAGCAGGAGGCCCCGCUGAGCGCGUCUUCCACCGCGAACGCGACAUUGCAAGGGGCAAGCUUGCCGCGAGGAGCAGCGCCAGCGCAGACUCCUGUUUCGAAGUAGUCGCGCCGGGGGUCGCAGCCCCGGCGCAUCGGUAUCCACGACCGCAGAGGUAGAAGAGCCAUUAUAAUGUACAUCUACGUGUCUUAGUGAGCCUGG